AUGAGUCCGGAUACCAAGCUUAUCGUUUGCUUAGUGAAUCGUAUACUUGUCAGGUUACCGAGCAAUAGCGGUAAAAAAUUAGAAAGUUUGGAAAAUGAUCCACUAAUCAAUCAAACUGGGGUAUCAAAAAUUGCGGGGAUUAACGAUCAAAGAUCUAUUACUUUUUCGUUAUUCCAAACAGUGGCUGCUCUGAUUGAGUUAUCCAAGUUUAGACUACCGACAAUUACAGUAACAUUAGUCAAUUUGUUAGACAGCAUCAAGAUACCCCCAAAUGAAGACCCACUUCCUUUUAAAAGUUUGCAAUCACAAUUAUUUAUUCUACGCUUGCUUUCAGCUUGUUUACAACGUCAUUGGCAGUAUAUUCGGGAUGUCAAAUUAGACAGUAACGCAUCUGUCAAAGCAUCCUCUACCAUUGAACGAACCUAUGAAGCAUCCAUAUACAGCCUAGAUAGCUCAACUCAUCAUAGUCGGUGGUCGAUUUCCGACGCGCCUUUAACCAUUGAGAUGGAUGAUCCUCCACCCUUUGAUGAGUCCAUUGCAAAAUCAAUGAUCAAUGCCGUGUCGCGUAUCAUCCAUCAGGCUACUGUUUUAGAAGAAAAAGAGUAUGGCCAAAUUUUGAAUCACGUCACGCAAAUAACGCGUGCAGAGUAUUACACACCUAACAAUAUAUCACGAGCUUCAGAAGACAUUGUUCAUGAUAUUUAUAAAGCAUGUAGUCGCGUCAUCGCUUAUUUAAGUGCUAGCAAUUGGAACGUUGUGUUUUCAAAGAUUAAGAUGCGUAUUUUAUAUUUGGCUACAACUACAGAUGAAAAUCCAGAAACGUCUGAAAUGAGAUUAUUAGAAUGUUGCUCACUUAAUUCAAAACGAUUGAGUACAGUACUUUCAGGCAACUUUCCAAAUCUCAAAAAAUCCACUCAAUUGACAGUUGCAGCUAUACUAAGGAGAGCUAUUUGGGGAUGGAUUGAAACAUAUCCGGGAGAGUUCAUGCAAUUAUGUCAAAAUCAGAAAAAAUUAGAAGGCGGCCCUGAUGUGCUCUUUGAAAUUUGCCUAUCAUUAGCCGACACUACAAGAAAAAAGGCCAUUCUAUGGCCAUUGCAAACAAUGCUCUUCAUUCUAUGUCCUGAUGGUUUGCAAAACAAUCACGAUAAUAACAGCAGUCAAAGAACAUCCAGCUCUCGUAGGUCAUUGUUUCUCGCCAGUCUCAAAAAUUCAUUAAAGCCAGGGAAAAUGGCUGAAUUAGCAGCCAUAUGUUACGUGGAUAUUUGUAAAGCGGCUACCUACGUGGCGAAGUCAGAGACCUCUAUCUUACGACGUAUAGUAGCAGAUAUAGAGAAUGAACUACGAACGCAGCUUUUUGAUCCAGAGAAACCCCUCAUUACAGACAGCCUAAUGAGCGGAUUAGGUAUCAUUAUUGAUCAUCGUACACUUCUGGCAGAUUGUUUGACAGCCAUGUUCCGUCUCAAUCCUCGUUUUGCUCUACGUAGUCUCUUUCCAGCAUGUCUGGAGCAACGAGCACCUACCUUGUUCAAAAUAAGUCUUGUUAAAGCAUGCUUGGCUAUCGCCGCAGAAGAAAAUAGAUUACCGUGGAAUCCCUCUGUUACAGCACUAUACAACUCUUUAGCAAGUCAAUUACGAGAUACAUUUAUUGAAUUUGCUAGCAAGGAUUUCUCUAAAAUAGAAGGAAAUGGCAGUAAUAAUAACAGCAACAACAACAAUUUGGCAGGACGCAAAGCAAUGAUAAAUACCCCUAACAAUGAAAAGAAAUCGAAAAAAGAUACUCAUUCUGAGCAAAGCAGUGAACGCUUAGAGCUUGUGCUUGAUAUGCUGCGCCUUUAUCAAACAGAUCCUAAUCUGGCUAUUCGUGGUAAUGAGGAUGAUAGAAUAGAAAAAAAUGCAGCAGUUCUGGUUGCCAUCACAACUUGCUUGAGGGAGCCCAAUCAGUCGGUGAAGGAUACUGCAGCAAUGUGUUUGUACAAGCUUCAUACGCCAGCAUACAUACUAGAAUGGAGCCCUUCACAAUCAAUGGAGUCCUUCUGGAAAAUAUCAUCUCAAGUGGUUUUUACACUAGCAAAACAGCUAUUAGAUAAUAGAGAAAAGGAUGAUGGAAUAAAGCGCCUAUUGGAUCUGCUGAAGAGAUUGUUUGAAUGUAGAAAUGAGUUUUUAAAAAUGCAUCAGGAUACGGCAAUGCAAGGUGCAGAUACUCGUGAACGUAUACAAUCAGCAAUAGCCUUGGAAGUUGCUUUAUUAGUUUUGUUAUGUUCAUCAAAUAUAGAAAUAUGCACUUCAGCCAUCACUUGUUUUGACUAUAUCUGCACAGAAGCUCAGCUGACGGAAAUAAUAGACGAUACACAUCAAUCUACGCUCAUUUUUAUGGAAAACCUACCAAUAUAUCAACAACUCUCGUUGAGCAACAACAUUAUCACAGGCAGAAAAUCGCAACAAAAGCAAAUUCGAAAACUACUACGGAUGAUGACCCACUAUGCUCCUGGCAAUUUAGCCGCUUGGGAAGAAGUGUAUAAACGAUGGAGAUAUAUGACGCCCACCAUCAUGAAACCAAAUGAAGAGUUGAAAGACGAUAAUCAAGAGAACAACAUAGCGAACACCUUGAACACAAAACGUAGCGGACAAGCAUGGCAUGAUAAGCUUAGAAACCCCGCCUCUUCAAUCAAUCGACAAGCAGCCCCUAUAAAUCCACCCAGCAGAAUGUUGGAGACAAACAACUUUGAUGACGACAAAUCCUCGGAAUGGCAAAACUAUACUGGUUUUCUGGCAGCUUUGGGUGGUAUCUGCCUCAUGGCAGAUACUACAACGAAUGCAUUAUCACCACCUACACCUCGUGUCGGCUUUAUUGACUCUUCUACUCUCCGAAGAAUAUCUGCUCCAACAGAGUCCUCGGCUAUGGUCAAUAAAUUUGUUGUAGAUAUGGUGGAUUUGUUGUUGUGUGAAAAUGUUAUUGUCCGUGAAUGGGUCAAAGAAAUAUUAGGUACAGACUUAUCACCUGCUCUGUAUCCAAUGCUUCUUCGAUAUAUGGAAACUGUCUUAUCAAAGUACUUUGGUCCUGAUGGUGAUCCUAUUUGUAAUCCUCGCAACACACUCUUUGUUGAGCAAGCUAUCAGUGUGUUGAAGUUGGUUCUUGACCGAAUGGAAGACUCACCUGAAAAUCUCCUUACAGUCGAUUUCAGCAGCUUAAUUAACCAGUAUGCCCGUUAUUUGAACAAACUUGGAAGUGGGCAAACUGCUUUGAAGAUUAAAAUCAAAUUCUGCCAACUCACAGAGGUUCUCAUGGCAAAGAAAGAUAAAAUUACUUUACGACAGGAGUUCCGCUUGCGCAACAAACUACUCGAAAUAACAGUUGAAUGGACGAGUGAUUUCUCCUUAAAACCAGACACGUCCAAUCAAUAUUCAACAUUUGAGUACAACCAGAGUGAAAAAUUACAUAGAGAACUGGAUUUGGCAUGUCUCGACACCAUCGUUGCAUUACUCCAUCAAUUGCCUUUGCAACCUCCUGAUCAGUUGCAUGAAGCAGACUCUACAUCUAUAAAAAGCCGCAUUUUCUUCAAAUACUUUACUUUUUUCCUAAAGUUACUCAACCGCUGUAAGGACUCAGAAAGCGAAAACGAGACGACUUCAGCCUACCGCACGCGUCCAUACCCUGACAAUGCAAGUAGCUCAAGUGGAAAGAACAAGGAGAACAUGUCGACGUAUCUCGCACCUUUGAAAGAAAGUACGAUUCUAGCCAUGUCAAAUUUGCUCAGUGCAAAUGUGGAUGCUGGCUUAAAAUAUUCUUUAUCCAUGGGCUAUCAUGAUGAUUCACAAAUGCGAACAGCUUUCAUGAAGGUUUUAACCAAUAUUCUCAAUCAAGGCACAGAAUUCGAAACGCUGGCUGAAACUGUCAUUACUGACCGUUACGAAAAACUUGUUGAUAUGCUGGUUGCGAAUGAUCUCAAUAUUGCAUUAUCUUUAUGCGAAGUGUGUCCUGCAUCCGAUAUUGAGGAUGCUGCAAAUGCCUUGCUUUCUUGUUUUUCUUCCCGCGGAAAAACUCUUACUCUGCUAAGAGCUGUCAUACAGAGAGAAGUUCAAAAUACAGAUAGUGAAAACGAACUGUUAAGACGAACAAGUAUAGCCACUCGACUCUUAUCCGUCUUUGCAAAGCAGUAUGGUGCGGAUUAUGUUCGAUCAGUAUUACAGCCAGUUUUCGUCAAGCUAGCAGAAAAACCUCCCGAGGAAAGAACAUUCGAAUUAGACCCUUCCAAGGUUGGCCCUGGGGAAGAUGUAGUCAAAAACAAACAAAAUGUGAUUGAUGCCACAGAAUUAUUUCUUAAUGCUAUUUGCGCAUCUGCUAAUGAAGCCCCUCGAGCGUUCAGAGAAUUAUGUCAUUGCAUAUUAAUCGCAGUACGUGAAAGAUACCCUGAAGCAAAAUACACAGCCGUUGGCGCGUUCAUCUUCUUGCGAUUUUUCUGUCCAGCCAUUGUUGCACCUGAAUCUGAAGGCCUACUAAAAGCUAACAUGACCAUUUCGCGUGAAAUGAAACGUGGUCAUUUGAUCGCUACCAAAGUUAUCCAAAAUCUCGCGAAUAAUGUCUUUUUUGGCGCGAAAGAAACUUACAUGAUUGUUCUGAAUGACUUUUUAACCAACAACAUCUAUAAAGUCACCAGUUUUCUUCGUGAAAUAUCCUAUGUGAAGAAUCCUCUCAUGAUGAACGGAGUAAUAGCAGCAGCCGACGGCACUUCUUCAGUUGACAGCUUUGAUACCGAUAAGCAGAGCGUAUCGAAUGAUUAUGAUCAAGCAUUUGAAGCUAGGCCUAUGGAAGAGAAAGAUUACAGCUGUUUGCACACGGUUCUCUUUGAAAAUAUGGAACGUAUUUCGCGAGAAUUAACUACGAGAAGACUGAGACAAUUUUCUGAUCAGGAUAGCGCGACGAUGUGGAAAAGACAAUUCGAUAAGUUCUCUAAUUUGAUGGCACAGUUAGGACGACCGCCAGAGAUUUCCAGGCAAGAGUUUAAUGGUUUAAGAAGCUACACUUUUGCUGCUGCAAAUCAACUAUACGCAGAGUUCAUGCGACGUAAUAGUCAUCGAAGUGUUGAGUCUAUCGUAUCAAAGAAUAUUUUUUACGAAACUGGUGUAUCCAAACUCAACAGACCUGUAUUUUACUUCAUUGCUCGAAACGUCGUUGCUGAUUCCAUCGAUUUUGAACUACUUGUUUAUUAUAUGCUACAGGCUAUGGAGAAGGUUUCCAAUAGAAGCUUCGAGCUUGUACUGGAUAUGACAUUAUUCUCUCAUGCUAACGAAAUUCCAGCACAAUAUGUCAGCCAAAUUGUCCAACUCUUACCAUCAGACGUGUCUGAAAAUUUGGCAAAUAUUAUUGUUUAUAACCCUAAUACGCACCUUCGCAGAUUUGUCAAAAGACUACCUCGUCCUUUACUGCAUAAAAUGGCCAAGCGAACGAAAUUUGCUGUAACUCUUGCGGAAAUCUAUGAAUUCAUAAAUCCUAACGAGCUUAGAUUGCCGAAAGCAACAACUUCCUUGGAUACCGAACAAUGUCACGUAUUCCAUCCAGUAAAUAGAGUCUCCCAGUAUAAAGUAAACACGCCAAUUACAAUCAAGGUCAGCACGGAGUACAUUCAAGUAAUGACGGUACGAAAGCAAGAGAUAAUGUACGGGGUCGUCACUGUCAUCAAUGAUGUUUUUUUGAUAAGUGAAAUUGACGAUAUUAAUAUUGUUAAUAACGCACGAAAUCAAGAAAAUGCGAAUGAAUUUUAUUUCAAGUACAACAAAGGAAAGUCUCAUCAUCUUUUCAGUUCUAUAAAGAGAGAAGCCAUCGUUAACACUAUAAAACACAAUAAGAGAAGAGUAGAGAUGACUAAGCCAAGUAACGUGUCAGAAAGAAUCAUUAGACCGAAUGAUGUUCCCGGUCGACUACUCAACAUGGCCUUGCUGAACAUUGGGAGCAACGAUCCUAGUCUACGUUUGGCUGCCUACAACCUUUUAUAUGCUUUGAGUAUUACUUUCCAUUUCGAAGUGGGUAAUCAGCUAUUAGAUGCCAAAGAUCUUUGCUUGCCAGCCAACAGUACAGCUUUCAUAGUCGAUAUCAGCGAGAAGAUAGCACAGAAUCAGCCAGCUCUUACAUUAGAAUUUCUCAAUGAAUGCUUUAUUGGCUUUCAAAAAUCAAGUGAACCUCUACGUUACUUGUGCUUGGAUUAUAUGAUACCAUGGUUGCCUAACCUAUCAAAAUUCUGUAACAGCUGUUCGAUAAUCGAUAAUGAUAAAAAUGUCACAAAAACUUUGGAUGUGAUAAGGAAUUUGAUCGACUUGACAGUUGCUCGCACUGAUAUGUACAAGCUUGUACAAGCAAAAAUAUGGAAAAGCAUCGGACAAAUCGACGACGUGCUUAAUUUAGUUUUAGAUUCCUUUGUUCAAUUUGCCAUAGAACAUGGCAUAGGAUCACCUCAAGCCGAAGCCAUGGCUGACACCUUCGUAACGCUUUCAAACAUUGCAGUUCGUGGAAAGGUGAUUUCUCGUUUAAGAAAGGUGUUACAAAAAACUUCAUUCAAACCAACAAGAUCGUUAACCGAGCAUUGGGCUUGGAACGAGAUUGCUAUAUUGAUACGUUUCGUUUUAAUGCUCUCUUUCAAUAAUCGCGGUCCCGUAAAAAGUUAUGCUCCAGAAAUUUUCCAUAUUGUUUCUCUUGUAGUAGGUGCCGGUCCAACCAUCAUUCGAGCAUCUGUUCAUGGCCUUGUUAUCAAUAUCAUCCAAUCGUUAUGCACUGCAAUGCCUAUUCCAGAAGCCAAUGUGAAGAAAUUGCAGUUGAUCCUUAGUGAGAUGUCGGAUACCAAAUACAGGCUUUUGUUUGGGUUGCUCAAACCCCAAGCCAAUGCUUUUACUAUCACACAAGAAACAUUAACUGAUACCGCAGAGCCUCUCCCGCUUAUUGCUUUAGAAACCAUUAUCAACAAUUUAUUGGAAGUAAUCAAUCUUAGUGCACCAUCAUUCGACAUGGCAAAUGCAUGGAGAGCUAGAUGGAUGAGUCUUGUAGCAAGUACCGCCUUCCAAUUCAAUCCAGCCAUUCAACCGCAAGCUUUUGUCGCCCUUGGUUGUCUAGGUAAAGAAGAAGUAGAUGACGACCUAUUAUACCAAAUUCUCGUUGCGUUAAGAGGCGCUUUAGCUAUUUUCAACGAAUCCGAUCCCAAUUUAGUGUUAAGCAUCAUGAUGUGUUUGAAAAAUAUCGUCGAGAGUUUACCUCCAGAUUCACGAUAUUUGUUACCACUCUUUUGGAUUGCGAUUGCAUUGAUUGAAAUCAACAACGGUCAUAUCUUUGCUAUGUCAGUUGAUCUCUUGCUUGCUAUUAUUAGAGCGUUGGACGCCAAUGAAUACUUUACAGGAAAUCGUGUGGUUCAUAUCUUAAACGCUGCAAGAGAACCGAUUGCGGAAGUUACCCGCAAACUCGAUCAACUUUGUGGUGUCAAUUUUGAUUUCCACUUCUCAUUUUCACUUGCUAGUAUUUUCUUGAAAGGAUUACGGUACAAUAACGCUAAAGAAAUAAUUUUCCAAGGCCUCACUACUUUCCUAAAUAUUGAGUCCAAACACGCAAAUAACGAUGGCUCGACCGCUCAAGUAGUAGACACACAAGUAUUAGGUUAUUUGGCUGGAUUGUUACCUAUCGCUGUCAAGCACGAAUCCUUAAAGGAGGUAUUAAGACUAGCUGGCCUGGCUGAUCCCGACUUUUAUGAGGAAGAUUUCGACAAAUCGAAUGAAAAGCUCAAAUCGACGUUUGAAGGUGUCUUCGAUCGACUAGAGAUUGAAGAUGAGACCACUUCCCUAUUACUGAUAUCUAUGUUGGCUAACCAACUGCAAAUUGUUGAAAAUACGAACGAAAAAUUGUUCUUAUACAAUCUACUGGCAGAAGCUGCUUCUUCUAUGCCUGAAGUAUUUUCUAUCGUGUACGACACUCUCUUGCCUAAAAUGAACCAGAUUGUACUCAGUAGCACGAACCAGCAGAUUAUAGAAUCCGUCAAGUCCAUUUUAAUUAUCGCAUGCUCCGAUCCUGCCUUCAACGAAACAACUCGAAAGACGAAACCCAGUCAGAAAGCCUUACUAGAAAGAAUAGGCUUUUCUGCUUUAGGUGAUCCAACAUUUGGAGCAUCAACAAUCAACACUUUGCAAAAUGCAAAACUUGCAAGUGAAAUUAUUGAAUUGAUCAUUGCUUAA